AUGCCGCCCCCGCCGCGGCUGCUGCCGCUGCUGGCGCUGGUGUUGGGGCUGGGUCCGGGGGUCCGGGGGGGUGCCGGGGGGGGCUGCCAGCUGCCCGCGGAGUGGCGGCCGCUCAGCGAGGGCUGCCGGGCCGAGCUGGCCGCGAUCAUCGUCUACGCGCGGGUGCUGGCGCUGCACCCCGACACCUACGGCGCCUACAACUACCUGCCCUGGCAGAGGGACCCCCCCGGCGGCUCCCAGCAGGGAGCGGGGGGGCUCUUUUACUCGGCCGAGAUCGAGCUGCUGUGCGACCAGGCGUGGGGCAGCAUGCUGGAGGUGCCCGCCGGCUCCCGCCUCAACCUCACCGGCCUCGGCUACUUCUCCUGCCACUCGCACACCGUCAUGCAGGGCUACGCUUAUUUCUUCUUCCUCCGAAUGGAUGAGAACUACAUCCUCCUGCCUCAUGGAGUCAACUUCCAGGAGGCAAUUUUCCCUGAUACCCAGGAGAACAGAAGGAUGUUUGCCAGCCUUUUCCAGUUUUCGAACUGCUCGCAGGCACAGCAUGUGCUGAGCUUCUCCAGUGACUGGGAGAUUCAAGAGGAUAACCGGCUCAUGUGCUCCUCGGUGCAGAAAGCCCUAUUUGAGGAGGAGGACAGAGUGAAGAAGCUGCAGCAGAAAGUGGCGACGCUGGAGAAGCGCAACAAGCAGCUGCGAGACCGAGUGAAGAAAGUGAAGAGGUCCCUCCGGCAAGCCAGGAAAAACACCAGGCACAUGGAACUGAUGAACCGAAAGCUCAGUGAGAAACUUUCCUCUGCAGGUGGCCAAAUCCCCUACAUUAACUCUUUGAAGCAGGAGAACUCCCAUGCUACCUACCUGAAAGUAUAAUGCAAGAGUGAGUGCUCAGGCCAAGGAUAGUGGUGAACUUUGCCUGCAUUAGAUCAGGAUCUGGCCCUCACACCUUGUCUAUGCUGUGCUUCAAACCUUGCAUGGAAAAUGAAUCUGAACUUGCUUUAGGCACAGGAUUAAACAGGAAUGCCAACUGGAUUUGGCACAGCACAAAGCUGAGUCCUCGCUGUCCUCAGUGGACACAGGGCCAGACAGUCAUCUGUGCUUCUCCUUCCUCACCCACUUCCACCUCCACCACCAGUUUUAGGUUGUCUUUGAGGGAAGUGCCAGCCCAGCCCCAUAGGCCACUGCACGCACUUGACACAGGAGCUCUUCUUGCCAGCUUACCUCCUCCACAUGGGCUGGGCAAGGCAGGCCUGGGGAUGUAGACAUGGAUGCUGUGGGAAGGCUGGAGGCAUGAAUGCUCUUUGCUCCAUCAUCAUGCCCAAGCUUUCAACCUUGCUAAGCUUGACUUAAGUCUACGUCCACUCUCUGGGCAAAGGCUGUGUCCGAGACACACUCAGUUUAGGCCUCUCUUCAACAUGAAGUAUAGAUGUACCCAAAUUGUCUUAAGACUGUUUCUAUAUAACUCUAAAUAUUCUAAAGAAAAUAUCUAAUUUUAAUUUUACCAAAAAGUGCCUCAAGGCUCUCAGUAACUCCCUCAAGUACCUUUAUCAUUGGUCAGCCAUCCUGUUUGGAAAUCAGAUAAUUUUGAGACUGUGUCUAGGUCCUAAACCAGCUCCUGCAGUCAGAAGUGGACUUAGCCUGUCUUAGUGGGUGCUGGAUCAGGCCCAGCAGACAAUUUCAGAUCCCAUUUUCAAGCAGGUUUAAUUUACAGUGUGGAUAAGUUUUGUAGUCACUGUUUGAGGUAUAAUGGAGGUUGCUGGGCAGCCUCACUUAGUUACGCUUAGAGACUGUAGAGACCACAUCAAUAUCAACAGGGCAUUAAAAAUUUAGGUAGUUUAUAUAUGUAUAUAUUUUAAAAUCCUAUAGAAAAUAUUUUUAUUACACAUUUGAUAUAGUCUAAUUUCUUAAAAUAUGAAGUACAACCUGUUCCUUGGUUAUCUUGUAAAAAAAAAAAAGUCCGUCAUAUCCUUUAAUAGACAUUUACACACUGAAUUCUGAUCAAGCAGUGUAGGUUAAGGCAUCAGUAUCUGUGGCUGAUAAUGUUUUCAGUUGUGUUAAUGAACUAUGUUUUGGGUCUUGGUACUCACCCAACCUUCCUUCGUGACAAGGCACCAUAGGGAGAGAAAGGUAGAAGAGCUUUUCUGUUUUAUUUCCUUUCUCAAAAUAGUUUU